GGACCUGCAGAAAGCGCACCGCCCAGCAUAUAGCUCUAGCAUAAUGUUGACGGACGUACGAGAAAAGAAUCUGACGCGACAUAACAAUUUUGUUUUUGAUAAGGCCUAACAAUUAUUUAACAAUGAAGAUGUGGAUACUCGGAAGGCUUUUACUAGCCUUAGCAGUAAUAGAAUGGCCUGGAGGUGCUGCUUUAGACCUCGACUUAUCUGAAUUGUCAAACAUGUCAAAAGAACGGUAUCGAGUGCGACGGUCAGACAUAGACACGCUUAUGUCAGAAUCAGAUGGCCCAAGUCGUGUGGAGAACGAAGAGACGCGCAGUGAUGUGUAUCAGCCAACACCAGAACAGAUAAACGGGACCGGGUAUGGUAAUGACACUACCCCAACGGAAGUCCCCCAGCACCUGACCAAGGCAGGUGCGGUGAGGACCACCACGGUAGACAGCCAGCUACCCGCUCAAGACUCGGCUGAUGAAGAGCACUCAAGCAGUCUAGCUUUGUUCUUCAUUCUGCUCAUCCUAGCUCUGUGUAUUAUAUUAGUCCAUCUGCUGAUUAAAUUCAAGUUCCAUUACUUGCCGGAGAGCAUAGCCGUGGUGGUCCUGGGUGUGGUGAUUGGCCUGAUAUCGUUGCUGACCAAGAAUGCCAAGAAUGCGGAGUAUAAACUCACGGACUACGAGAUGAUGGAUCCCACCAUGUUCUUUCUUAUCCUUCUCCCUCCAAUCAUCUUUGAGUCGGGCUACUCGUUGCACAAGGGUAAUUUUUUCCAGAAUAUUGGCUCCAUCAUGGUGUUUGCCAUUUUUGGGACAGUCAUAUCAGCCAGCGUGGUUGGAGGAGGCAUCUAUCUACUUGGUCAGGCUUCCGUAGCCUACAAAUUGGACUUGGUUGAGAGCUUUGCCUUUGGCUCCUUGAUCUCAGCAGUUGACCCUGUUGCAACGUUGGCUAUUUUCUCCGCCAUCGAUGUCCAUCCACUGCUUAACAUGUUGGUCUUCGGCGAGAGCAUACUGAAUGAUGCUGUCUCCAUUGUCAUGUCAGACACCGUCAUCAUGCUGAAUUCCAAGGAAAUGGCCAACGUAACCUCCGGUGAGGCCUUUGGCUAUGCUGUGGGCUCGUUCUGCCUGAUGUUCUCUGCGUCGGCUGCCAUCGGAACUAUCAUUGGUCUCAUCAGUGCCUUGCUCCUGAAGCAUAUUGACCUUCGGAAGACCCCUUCCUUGGAGUUUGGCUUCAUGCUCAUCUUCUCCUACUUGCCAUAUGUUCUCUCGGAGGGACUUAAACUCUCUGGCAUCAUGGCUAUUCUGUUCUGCGGUAUCGCCAUGUCUCACUACACCCACCACAACCUAUCUCCUGUCACGCAGAUUAACGUUCAGCAGACGUUCCGCACACUGGCCUUCAUGGCAGAGACCUGUGUGUUUGUGUAUCUGGGACUUGCCAUUCCAACUUUCAAUCACGAUUUCCAGCCAGCUUUUAUCAUUUGGACAUUGAUCCUGAUUUUGAUAGGCAGGGCGUUCAACAUCUUUCCACUGUCAUUUCUCUGCAACAAGUUCCGAGAACAUAAGAUAACAAUGAAAAUGCAGCUGGUCAUGUGGUUCAGCGGGUUGCGGGGAGCCAUCGCCUAUGCCUUGAGUCUCCAUUUAAUGUUUGGUAACCGGACCAGACACGUGCUGGUAACCACAACCCUCAUCGUUGUGCUGUUUACAGUGGUCUUCAUUGGGGGUCUCACCAUGCCCGUAUUAAAGCUCAUUGGACCAGAGUCAGGCAAACCCAAGAAGGAAGUCACACUGAGCAAAACAGAAGACUUGGGAAGCGCUGUUGACACUGAGCACCUGUCUGAGCUGACGGAGGAAGAAUACGAGGUCAACUACGUCAAACCCCACCUGACGGGCUUCGUCAGGUGGGACACCAAGUACUUUGUGCCGUUCUUCACCCGACGACUGACAAACAAGGAAGUAACGGAUGGGAGAAUUCAGAUGCGCCACCUAGCAAACCAGUGGUACUCGGAGGUGAGGGGCACAAAAUCAGACACAGAGGAGGAGCUGGAGACAAGUCUAAUCACUGCACAGGCCAACUGAAGCAGCCAAGUGAAAGAAAACGUCAGCAGUUAUUGUAAAAAGAGUGAGCAGUAUGCUUGAAAAUGCCAACAGUACAGUAAACAGUGCAGGGGACCUCAUUUACGCUGGUUUUAGGGCUGUGCAAGAUAUUCGAAAGAUCGAAUAUUCAAUCAAUGAUUGAAUAUUCAAUCUUCAAUCAAUGAUUGAAUAUUCAAGUGUUUAUUUUCAAAAUGGAGUAUUUGGACGAAGAAAUCAGUUAAAUGAAAGGGGGAAAUUGCAUUCUACAAGUGUAUUUCAAGGUGUAAAACUUACUGGCAACUACUGCAUAUGCCCAGUAGUAAGGUCAAAGGUUACAUUUCUUUCAAGUUUUCCUUUUUUUUCUUUUUAUGGUAUGUGAUCUCGCUGGGAUAAACCUCCAACCUCCAGCCUACUUUGGCUGGAAACUCUGCCAGACAUAUCAGACUGCAUCGUUUGUCAAAGUGGCUUGCCUGCCCAGUUGUAACAAGAUCCAACAGGUCAACCCUCCCCAUGGCCAAACAGCCUGGGAGUCUGUGGUUGCCAGACACCACAAGAUCCAACAGUAGCAUUGUUCAUUGGGACUAGCUCCGAUUGUCUCAACAUGAACAGUUUGUUUGGCUGCUGUCGAUUGCCCAGUGCAUCAGACUUAUUCACCUGAUACACUGUGCUGCAUCUGGCAGGGUUGAGGUGAAGGCAAUUCAUCACCAAUUGGGUCUGAACAUCAGUUGGACUCCCAGCCCUUUUCAACUAGGGGACGGACCCCUGUCCUGGAACUCAAUGAGGUAGACCACCCCAAAAAAUACACAUUUUGUUUCCGCUUUUGGGGCAUGGUAUAACCAAGUUUUUGAUCUUUCAAUUGAACAGAAAGUUGAAUAUUCAAUUAUUUGAAUCUACUCGGCCUGAACUGGCUUUCCAGUCUUGCUGACAGAACCACGUGUUGUUUGAAGCAAAGUCUUUCAGAAUUUCACAAAGUAAAGACAAUGCGAACUUCAGAGGCAAAAAUGUGGUUGAAAAUAAUGAGGCAACGUAUCACAUCCCAAAUCCAGGGCUGCAACAGAUUCAUUUUCUCCCAACUUAACCACUUUGUGCGGGGGGUACCUGGUUUCGGGCACAUAGGCUUUAUACACGAAGCCGGGGAACCCAAAAUCGG